GUUUGAUUCUUCCCGCGGUGGCUGAGGCGAACCUGGCUGCGACUGCGCGGGGCAUGGUCCCCGGGUCCGAGGGCCCGGCCCGCGCCGGGGGUCUCGUGGCUGACGUGGUGUUUGUAAUCGAGGGCACCGCCAACUUGGGACCUUACUUCGAGGGGCUCUGCAAACACUACUUGCUCCCGGCUAUCGAGUACUUUAACGGUGGUCCUCCUGCUGAGACGGACUUCGGGGGAGACUAUGGCGGCACCCAGUACAGCCUUGUGGUGUUCAACACCGUGGACUGCGCCCCGGAGUCCUAUGUCCAGUGUCACGCCCCCACCAGCAGCGCCUAUGAGUUUGUUACCUGGCUGGAUGGCAUCAAGUUCAUGGGCGGAGGCGGCGAGAGCUGCAGCCUCAUCGCAGAAGGCCUCAGCACAGCCCUGCAGCUCUUCGAUGACUUUAAGAAGAUGCGGGAGCAGAUCGGCCAGACGCACCGCGUCUGCCUCCUCAUCUGUAACUCACCGCCUUACUUGCUACCUGCUGUCGAGAGCACCACGUACUCUGGGUGCACCACGGAGAGUCUGGUGCAGAAGAUUGGGGAGCGGGGCAUCCACUUCUCUGUCGUGUCUCCCCGGAAGCUGCCUGCCUUGCGGCUUCUGUUUGAGAAGGCGGCUCCCCCGGCCAUGUUGGAACCACUGCAGCCACCUGCCGACGUGAGCCAGGACCCCAGGCACAUGGUGCUGGUGCGGGGACUCGUGCUGCCAGUGGGGGGCAGCUCAGCCCCAGGCCCUCUCCAACCCAAGCAGCCCGUGCCUCUGCCUCCGACCGCUCCUUCAGGCCCUCCACUGUCGGCAGCCCCCCAGCAGCCUCUGCCCCCGGUGCCCCAGCAGUACCAGGUCCCUGGGAAUCUGAGCGCAGCUCAAGUUGCUGCCCAGAAUGCCGUGGAGGCAGCAAAGAACCAGAAGGCAGGGCUGGGCCCACGCUUCUCCCCCAUCAAUCCACUCCAGCAGGCUGCCUCCGGAGUUGGUCCCCCCUUCAGCCAGACUGCUGCCCCUCAGCUGCCCCCUGGAGCCCCCGGGGCCCCCAAGCCACCUCCUGUGUCCCAGCCUAGCCUGGUCUCUACGGUGGCUGCUGGCCCGGGCCUGGCCUCCGCCGUGCAGCCUGGGGCUCCGUCCAUGGCGGGCUCAGUGGCUCCGGGUGGGGUGAGCGGCCCCUCCCCAGCCCAGCUCGGGGCCCCAGCCCUUGGAGGGCAGCAGUCAGUCUCCAACAAACUCCUGGCUUGGAGUGGGGUGCUUGAGUGGCAGGAGAAGCCCAAACCUGCUUCUGUUGAUGCCAACACCAAGCUGACGCGGUCCCUACCCUGCCAGGUCUACGUGAAUCACGGCGAGAACCUGAAGACAGAGCAGUGGCCCCAGAAGCUGAUCAUGCAGCUCAUCCCACAGCAGCUGCUGACCACCCUGGGCCCUUUGUUCCGGAACUCGAGGAUGGUCCAGUUCCAUUUCACCAACAAGGACCUGGAGUCGCUCAAAGGCCUCUAUCGCAUCAUGGGCAAUGGCUUUGCGGGCUGCGUGCACUUCCCCCACACUGCGCCCUGCGAGGUGCGCGUGCUCAUGCUGCUCUACUCAUCCAAGAAGAAGAUCUUCAUGGGCCUCAUCCCCUACGACCAGAGCGGCUUCGUCAACGGCAUCCGGCAGGUCAUCACCAACCACAAGCAAGUGCAGCAGCAGAAGCUGGAGCAGCAGCAGCGUGGGAUGGGGGCACAGCAGGCACCCCCUGGAUUGGGCCCCAUCUUGGAGGACCAGGCAAGGCCUUCACAGAAUCUGCUCCAGCUCCGCCCUCCACAGCCUCAGUCUCAGGGUACUGUGGGAGCUUCAGCAGCCACGGGGCAACCCCAGGCCCAAGGUGCUGCCCAGGCCCCUCCAGGUGCUCCCCAAGGCCCUCCUGGAACAGCCCCCGGCCCACCCCCGCCUGGACCCAUCCUUCGGCCCCAGAACCCCGGCGCCAACCCCCAGCUGCGGAGCCUUCUCCUCAACCCACCACCGCCCCAGACUGGGGUGCCACCUCCACAGGCUUCCCUGCACCACCUUCAGCCUCCGGGGGGCCCUACACUGUUGCCCCCACCCCACCAGGGCCUUGGCCAGCCCCAGCUCGGACCCCCACUCCUGCACCCACCGCCCACCCAAUCCUGGCCUGCUCAGCUUCCACCCAGGGCUCCACUGCCAGGUCAGAUGCUGCUGAGCGGGGGUCCCCGGGGCCCAGUCCCCCAGCCGGGCCUGCAGACCAGUGUCAUGGAGGACGACAUCCUCAUGGACCUCAUCUGAACCCAGUAAAGCCCCCAAUAAAAGUCCUUGCAGCGCA